AUGGCAGACCGUGUCGUUGGGUCGGUCGAGGAUCGUGUGGUUGGUGUCCUUGGUGGUGGUCAAUAUGGCCGGCUACUGAGUGAAGCGGCAAGCCGGCUCGCUAUCCCCCUGGUCGUCCUCGAUCCUUCACCGGCAUCUCCGGCCAAGCAGAUUAGUGCCGUCUCAGCCCUACACCCAUCCCUGGCCCAUGUCGAUGGAUCGUACUCCAAUGAAAGCGAUAUAGAUGCCCUUGCCAAACGUGCCGACAUUCUCACGGUUGAGAUUGAGCAUGUGAAUGUCCAGGCACUUUUCCAACUACGCGAUCGGUAUCGUACUACUGGCGGUCACCUAGGCAAGGGAAUUGAGAUCUUUCCGUCUCCGGAGAGCCUGGAAGUUGUGCAAGACAAGCUUUUGCAGAAGAAACUGCUCAGUACAUCUAACAUUCCUGUCGCCGACUUCAUUGACCUUCCUACUCCGACCUCCGAGAGCGUCGCUCAGGCAGCCAAAACGCUAGGCCUACCGCUUCUCCUCAAAGCCCGGAGACAAGCAUAUGACGGCCGAGGAAAUUUUCUCCUUCGGGAUCUUACCGAUGCACCGCGCGGUCUGAGAACUCUCAACGGGCCUAUCUAUGCGGAACGCUAUGUGCCAGACGUUACGCACGAGGUCGUCGUAGUCCUCGUCCGCAAUGUCAAGGGCGAGGUCGAAAGCUAUGGCGCCGUUGAAAACGUGAAGAGCGGCAAGAUUGGUCAUCUCGUUCGGGCCCCUUUGAGGCAGGGGGGUAAGGAUGUGGCCAACCUCGCACAAUCAUUGGCGGAAAAGGCUAUCAACUCACUGGGCGAUGGUGCCGUUGGUGUCUUCGGGGUUGAAUUCUUCCUCCGCGCUAACGGUACCUUGCUUGCUCACGAGAUCGCAUCUCGUCCACACAGCUCCGCUCAUCAUACUAUUGAGGCUUCAGAGACUUCCCAGUACGAAAAUCAUCUCAGGGCGAUUCUCUCUCUUCCACUUGGCAGCACCGAACUCAAGGUGCCCUCGGCGGCGACGUUGAACCUCCGUGCAACGCCUGAGUCGGCGGAAGAAGUCCGCUCAGUGGUACGCCGCGCUCUCGCAACGAAAGGCGCGACUGUACAUCUCUACGGCAAGAAAGAGACGCCCGGUAAAGCGGACUCGCCGAAGGGACGCAAGGUCGGCCACAUUACCGUGGUUGGCCCCUCGGACGCCGACGUGAAUGAUCGCAUCCAUCAGAUCCUAAAUUCAGCAUUUAGUGACGACCCGCUCAUCCCGAAGCCGCCAAAGUCGCAUCCCCUACCACUUGUUUCGGUUCUCAUGGGCUCUGACUCCGACCUACCCAGUGUACGCGAUGCGGCGCGUAUCCUGGACCAAUUCAAGGUCCCCUUCGAGAUUCACAUUGUCUCAGCCCAUCGCACGCCGACGCUCAUGGUUCAGUUUUGUAAGGAGGCCGCGUCUCGCGGCGUGCGCGUCAUCAUUGCCGCAGCUGGAGGUGCCGCACACUUGCCUGGAAUGGUUGCUUCGGAAUCGAGCUUGCCCAUUGUUGGUAUACCAGUCAAGGGCCCCACCCUUGACGGCGUUGAUUCACUGCAUUCUAUUGUACAAAUGCCACGGGGUGUCCCGGUCGCGACGGUUGGGAUUAAUAACUCCACCAACGCCGGUCUGCUGGCCGUUCGCAUCCUUGGCACCACCAUUCCCAAGUAUGCUGUCGCCAUAGAGGAGUACCGAGUAAACAUGGAGCGCGUGGUGCUUGAGAAAGGCAAGAAGCUGGAUGAGGCCGGCUGGACAUGGAAGCUAGAAGACAAGCAAUAA